UGACAUUUGCCGUUGCGGUUUGGGACAGUAGGCGAGGCGUCACUGCAAACAGGUGUGCGGCUGCCAGAAACCGGCACAAAUACGACUUUUUUCGGCUUGUUUAGAGGUGGUGGACAUCCAACACCAGCGUCGAAGCCAUCAUCCUCGUAGCGGGACAGGAAGAGGAGGGGGAGUCUACUAUAAUUUUCAGUUAGAGGCUUUGUAGUUGCAUUUUAUUAUUUCGAACAGGACACGGCUCACAAAGAGGAAGGAAUGGCAACUAAGAAACCAUGCGCGGAUUUAACAAAAAGGAGCCGAAGUCCCGUCGUGUUGGAGGCAGAGAUGUUCAGCGAAUUUCAGGACUGGUGUCUCCGGACUUACGGAGACACGGGUAAAACAAAGACCGUCACCCGUCGAAAAUACAACAAAAUUAUGCAGACCCUGCUUCAAAACGAGGAGUCCGACGGUGUCUAUGUCGAUAAUAGCCACAUCAACGCCAAAUUUAAAUUUUGGGUGAAGUCCAAAGGGUUCCAGGUCGGCAGCAACAUCUUGGGCGAGCACAAUAAGAAAGAGUCAUCGGGGAAGCCCGUCCUGUACGUCCCUGUCAAAUCUACGUGUUCAGAUGGAGGGGCAAACCAGGACAGUUCUUUGAAGCGGGUUGCUGUGGUGGAAGAUUUUUUUGAUAUCAUCUAUGCCAUGCACGUGGAGAUGGGGGUGGAUCCUGGUAGAGCACCCAAACACGCCGGCCAGAAGAAGACCUACAAGGCGAUUGCGGAGACCUACGCAUUUCUUCCACGUGAGGCAGUGACCCGUUUUCUGAUGAGUUGUGGAGAAUGCCAGAAAAGGAUGCAUAUCAAAUCCUGCACGGCAGAGUUCAAAGAGAAUGACCGUCCUACCUCCUUGGUGCCAGACCUCAUUGAUUACAACAUGCCUCUCACUGCCACCUAUCUAAAACAAAUGAAACUACAGUGCAUGACUACCAAUGAGCAGGAUGAGAGUUCGGUAAGCAGUGAGGAUUUGGAGAUGGCUGAGCCUGUGUGGGUCUCUACUGAACGUGCUCCAGCUCCAGAGCCUAGCAGCCCCACCGCCCCUUACAAGGAGAGGAUGCCUACACCCCCACAGCCCAGCAUUAAAGAGGAAGAUGAUUCCUUUUCAGAGAAUGGCUGCACAGCUAACUGUCUCCCUGCACUGACUCCGCCUGGUGGUGCUGCCAUGGCGACAGGAGGAGUUCCUGCAUCUGAGGGGGUGGUUCCAUAUGGAGAGGUGAACAGUAACGGUGCAACAGUACCGCUGGACUUCAGCACCACUUCUUCAUCACAGGAGGGACAACAGCCCGUUAACCUGAGUGACAGGCUGUUUCCCGGGGUGACGAUCAGAUCCUACACACCUGACCCCAACAGAAAAUUCCCUGUUAAAACUGAGUACAAUAACAAGUCCCCUCAAUACAGCUCAGGAAGCUAUGACUCGGUGAAGACGGAACUGAGCACGUGCGGAGUGGACAUGACCCCAGGUGGCUCUCAGGCCAUAGACGACGAUGAUGACGAUCGUGAUGACCAUGAUGACAGUGACAAGAUAAAUGAUGCAGAGGGCAUGGACCCUGAAAGACUUAAAGCUUUUAAUAUGUUUGUGCGGUUGUUUGUAGAUGAGAAUUUGGACCGGAUGGUUCCGAUCUCAAAGCAGCCCAAAGAGAAAAUCCAGGCCAUCAUUGAGUCCUGCAGCCGUCAGUUCCCAGAGUUCCAAGAACGUGCUCGCAAACGUAUCCGAACCUACCUCAAAUCCUGUCGCCGCAUGAAGAAGGGUGGCUUUGAGACACGGCCCACACCCCCCCACCUUACCUCUGCCUUGGCUGAGAACAUUCUUGCAGCUGCAUGUGAGAGUGAAACACACAAUGCUGCAAAGAGGAUGCGCCUUGACGUCUACCAGGCCCAUGAUGAGUCGGUUACUGCAGACAAGCCCAACUCCAGAGAUCCGGCUGCCCUGGCUAAUUCAGGCUUCUCACUGGCUGCCUCAGCCUACUCCCAGGACCAACUUUACACCAAUGGUGGACUUAAUUACAGUUUCCGUGGAUAUGGGAUCCAAAACAAUGGUACACCACAAACCAAUGGUCCCACUGAUCUCAGUAUGAAAUCUCUGGCAUCCAACACCUCCACCUCAUCCUCCAGUUCAAAUAGUCAUGGUCAAGGUGGAGGGGGCGGGGGGGCAUCUGCCCAACUCAGUCCGCCUGAGGUCACAGCUGUUCGGCAGCUGAUUGCAGGCUACCGUGAGUCCGCAGCAUUCUUGCUCCGCUCCGCCGAUGAGCUUGAGAACCUCAUACUGCAGCAGAACUGAGAACUGCCCACGGUCUUGUGCUGCCUGUCUCUCUCUCUCUCACACCCACACACACGUCAGUGCAGACUCAUAAACACACAUAUAUGUGCAUACAAACAAUGACAGGAAAGACACAUGUAGCUAUGUGCACUUACACACAUACACACCUGAAGCCCCCUCUGUAAGGCUACCUAUCACACAUCGCUCAUGACAGCUUUAUGUCCAUGAUAGUGUCUUGCAAAUUUCCUUACCCUUGAUUCUCAGUCCAAUAGAGUUGAAUGAAUUUUGGGGGACUGAGAUGCCUUGUUGAGCAUCGUUUUAUGAUGAGGCUGUAUUAUCAGAGAAAGCAAUGCAAAGCAACAGGUGUCUGGACUCACGGCAACAUGAAAAUUGUCUUACAAUCACUCAGUGAGAGCUAUCUUACAAUCCUCUUUAAAUUAGGGACUGAUGCCCAAACAAAUACAUGAUGUCAUCUCCAGCCUAAAGUUUACACUAGAUUACCAUAGAUUCCUGUAUGUCACAGACUUAAUGUUUUUAUUCAAUUUGAAUAGUUCUUUUAACAGAUGAGCCAAAACUUACACACCUCAGUUAUUUAAAGGUGUACUCAGUCAUUUUCCUUCAUGAAGUUUUACACAUAAACAAACUAAUAGUACUUAUGUGUUUAACUGACUCCAGUCAUAUCAGUGAGCCACUGAGCGUCAUAUCGGCCAGCGCAACAUAAACAAAAGAUUACUGAGUGCACCUUUAAGUUCUUCUGUUACCAUAGAGAUAGACAUGCAGCAACUUUGCUCCAGAUUUAGCCAUUUUAGACAUAGAACAUAUCCAAGAGAAAGGGUUUUUAAAGAUCUCUUCUAUCUGUUUAAUGCUAAUGAGGUUUGGGCAGAAGGUGCAAUGUAGAUGAUAAUCGUUAUAGUGUGUCUGAACAUUUAUCAUUUUCAGCCAUAAACUCAUAAACAACUGUUUGUACACACACACACACACACACACACACACACACACACAUAUAUAUAUAUAUAUAUAUAUAUAUAUAUAUGUAUAUUCCUUACUCAUAAAUAGGAAUUUUCAUUCAAGCUUACACAUGCAGAAAAGUCUACUUAAAGAAACAACGAUUGGUGAUAACGAAAGAGAUGCUGAAAUUCUAUUGGUUGGGAUUGUCGAACCAUUGGACAUUAUGCAAAUGAAGCUGUGCUGAGUGGAACGCUUCAAACCCUUUCUUACAUGAUCUAUUGCCUUGGCAACCCUCUACGCUCAGCACACCAAUGCACUGUAGGAAAACACAUGCACAGGAACACAUGGGUGACAUCAACCUACCAGACAGGAGGACCAGUCUGUACAUGGACUUGUUCCAAAGAUUUGGGGGAAAAAAAACUAAACGAACAAACGAAGGACUGCAUUUUCCAUGCUGCAUUGCAUUGCAAAUACGUUCAGUUAAGUUGUGAAUGCUGCUCUUAUUUUCUAACCUCAUGACUGAGACACUUUCAUCUUAUUCACAGGGACCAAUCAAAACAGAGGUAUUUAUUAACAACUUUUUGGCACACAUAUUGUAUAUGCAUAGUGAGUUUAAGAGAAAGGACCUAAUGAUUGACAGGAGGGAAAUAAGGGUAUUCCUUCAUUUCCUUUCUGUCAACAACACCAUAGAGCUGUAUUUGAUUGGUGAGAUUUUGGCAGUGGUUGGGUGGAUUGAGAUGUGAGAAACUUGUGUGUUCUGCUACCUCUCAUACGAAUUGUACUUGAGGGCUACACAGAACAUACAAUAAUGCUAACAAUGCUCUCUUUUUACCAGCCUCACUCUUCUUUCUCCCUACAUUUUCUCAUGUACACAAAUGCCAUCAUUAGAAGAAAUAAAACUGUAUUCAAAAAGCAAAAGACAAUCCUGAACAAUUGUGACUUGAUUCCUCGUAAAACUGCAUAGUGUUGUAUGAGAUCUCACACUGACUCUCUAGCCUUUGGUAAAGUGGUGACAAUACAGGGCCUUUAAGUUUCAAAUCUUGUAGCCAUAGCUUGAACUGUGUCCUUGGAACAGAGCAUUUUCCUCCUUUUAAUUAUCUGGAUUUCUAAUAUAUUUUCAUUGUAAGUGUUGCAUUUCAUUUGUGCUUUGCCAUAUGUUGUUUUUCAUUCUUUUUUAAAUUAAAUUAUAAGUUAAAUCUCUUUGUGUUGUACCUUAAAUAUUUUUUCAAAGCUCCCUUGUACAGCACUGACAGUCUGAUGAGAAUCAGUGUUGUGAGUCUCAACAUUCCAAAUAGAAAACAUGCAUCUCAGAUUGGUCUCUUAGUAGCUGAAUUUGAUAUCCAAAUGAAGCAACUUCUGAAGAGAAAACAAGAUUUAAGUUGUCUCACGCAACUUAGUUUUAAAACACGGCUUGAAGCCUGUUAUUACCUCUUAUUUCUCAUUAAAAUAUAUUCCUUGAUGAACAGAUGAAAUUAUAUGUGCAGGAUCAUUAGUAAUUUAUAUUAAGAUGUUACACUUCAUAAAUUACUAAAUUGGUUGAAAAAAAUAGUAGCACUUUAAAGUCCGCAAAGGAAAAUUGUACACAGAAGGGGUCAAAUAUUUAUAGGAUGGAGCCUUUAAACCACUUAAAUGAUCCUAAAUUAUGAAAUGCAGCUAAUCGUUGUCAAGCCAUAAUCUGUCUCUACAUAUGAAUUGUUACUGUAAGUGGAUAUUUACUAUUCAAAAAUAUAAUUCUGUUUGCCAUUUAUGUUCUUCUUCAUGCAUGUCGCACAAGCGAAAAAUGUGAGCCCCUCCAGCUUUGUUAAAAUUGAUUUCUGAUUAUUUGUCAUCAAGUGUAAUGUUUCAAGGCUUAUUGUAUUGUUAUGGUCAUUGCAAGAAUACAAGCAUUUUAAAUGGCCUUAUACGGCAUAACAAUGUUUUGUUCCUAAAUAGCAUAAGAAGUGUAAGACGGUUUUUACUUUUCAUUAAAGGGAAUAGGCCCAUUGUGCUCUCUGGACAUCUGAGGUUGAUGAACACAGGACACAUUAAAAGAAAAAGGGCAAGAGAAAAUGACAGAAAUGCUACAAUGUUUUAUUUUUUUAAUUGGUGCAGCUAAAAUCUGCAAUCAGAUGUGGUAACAACCAUUACCUGUGAUAUAUUUUAAUUUUGUGGUGCUCUGUAAUAUUAUUAUAAUUGAUUAUGGUAUUUUAUUUGUUUUUACUCCUGUACUUACAAGAAACUGUAGUCCGAAGCUCAGUUUCUCUUUGUAUACCAAUGUGAAGCUUUGUAUGAUUUCUUUCUGAUUUUUUGACUCAGUGAAAGUGUGUGAUGUUUACAUGUACAGAAUUUCAGAUUUUUUUGUUGUUGCUUUUAUUUUUCUUGUUGUUGUUGGUUUUGUUUGUCUUAUUAAAGCACCACCUCUUGUCCUGUCCUGACCCCACACUGCAAUUUUUACUUUAACUAGAAAAAAAUCUAAUUUGUGGGGAACACUGCAGGAAGAUGGUGAACGUAAACCACAGUAAAGGCCUUUGCACACUUUUGUAUUGUAUUGCAGCCAGGCACUCACAAUAGACUACAUAAAUGAUCAAUUAAUUCAUUCAAGCAUAUACUGUUGCUUUAAUCCAUGCAUCCGUGCAACAGUUAUUUCAAAAGCAUUCCUUACCUUGUCGAUCUUUAUUAUUUUUCACAUCCAAGGCAAAACAUCUUUGUAAGGGCCUUUAGACAUGUGGUUGCCACUAUGUAUUGUAGACGCUAUGGAACAGAGAGAGGAGGGACUUCUCAUCAGCCCAAAGUGUACUACAAUUGUGGGAUUAAAAUGCCCCCUUUACAAUUGAUCCUAGUUAUUUAUGGUUUCUCUGUUGUGGUAGAAACAAAGCAAAAGGCAAAACUCUUGAUGUCAUGCCAUUUUUUUAUUGGGAAUAUAGAGUAGGGCAUACUAGUUGGGGUGGGGCAAAGAUCCACCUAACUCAUAAACAUACUGACAUGUGCCCUUUGACUUCAGUCGAAAGCCUUUCAGUGAGUCGGAAAGCCAUUCCUCUUACAUUGUUUGUAUGUAUGGGGAACAUGCAAACCUCAGGAAACUUUUGGAUCUGCGUUACUUUUUUAACCAGGUCUGUAUGGCCUUGACUGACGAGUCCUCCCUCUCUCCAAUAUUAACCCAAUUAUAUUGGAUUUGCUAUGUAUUUGUUUUGUUUGUUUGUUUUUUAUAUAUUUAUUGUGAUUUAAAAGUGAAUCUUCUCCAGUACAUGUGGCAGAUUAUUUGAAUUCUUUAGACAAGUGUUGAUAAAUAUAAGUAAAUAUAUAUAUAUAUAUAUAUAUAUAUAUAUAUAUAUAUAUAUAUAUAUAUGUGUGUGUGUGUGUGUGUGUGUGUGUGUGUGUGUGUGUGUGUGUGUGUGUGUGUGUGUGUGUGUGUGUGUGUGAAGUGACUAAAAUAUGGAGAAUAUUGCAGGUAAAAUUAAUUUCUGUUUGUUUGAUGUAAAAAAAAAUAAUAAAAUGAAAUGAAAAAAAUAAAUACAAAUAAAAAAGCACAGGUGGGUGAUUUUCCUGCCUUUUACAUAUCACUCUGCCGAGAGACUCGUUCUAAGACAUUUUAAAAAUGUUCCUUGUGGUGUCAUUGCUGUGGUAAAAGAAAGCACCUCCAACCUGAGUUGCUCUUUCCUCCAUAGCUGUCUGAAUAAAAAUCUGUGAGCUGAA